GUUGACAGAAUGGUCUCCCUUGUCUCUAGUACUAGUCAUUUUCCUUUGAUUACUUUGUAUGAGAUCUUGUUGCUGUUGCAUGCGUGUCGGAUAGGUGUGAUGUGUUGUGAUUGAACAAAUGACAGUGAAGAAAUGCAACAGAAGGAGGCAAAAGUCAGCAGUGAGCAGUCUGAAACAGGCUGCAGAAUGAAAAUAGUGGGAGAAAAGAUGGAUGUUGGGGAUGGGGAUAACCACCCAGGUGUGCCCCUCCCUGAUGUCACCCUAAGAGCAGAUACCAGCACAGGUGAUAGGAGCACAGAAAUAUGUCCAGACAACAAAGACGCUUUGCUGCACAAAGGUAAAGGUGACCCAGAGAAAACUCAGAUCAGCAGAGUGCCUUCUGGUAAAGGCGACCACAAGGAUUCAGAUGUCAGCACAGACAAGAAAACUGUCCCCUUAGCACACGUCAUGCCACAGGACACCUGGCGCAUGUACCGGAUCUGCUUGUGUGUGUCUAUACUGGCUUAUGUCACACGACUGUACAGGAUUGAAGAACCUCCACAUAUCUGCUGGGAUGAGACUCACUUUGGGAAGAUGGGCAGUUGGUACAUAAACAGAACAUUUUUCUUUGAUGUUCAUCCUCCACUGGGCAAGAUGCUGAUUGGCUUAGCAGGUCACCUGACUGGUUACAAUGGAAGUUUUGCAUUUUCCAAGCCUGGAGAUCUGUAUGAAGAUGUACCUUAUGUUGGCAUGAGAAUUUUUUGUGCGUUGCUGGGUUCUGCUGUUGUACCGUUUUCCUUCCUCAUUGUAUGGGAGCUGUCGCACUCCAUCAUUGCCUCCAUGAUCACAGGAUUCCUGGUCAUGCUAGACACAGGGACGCUGACCCUGUCCAGGUACAUCCUGCUGGACCCCAUCCUCCUCUGCUUCAUCAUGGCUGCCACCUACAGCACCCUGAAACUGAGGAAUGCCCAUGACAAACUCUUCUCUGUACAGUGGUGGACAUGGGCCUGUGUCACUGGUGUAUUCCUGUCCUGCUCAGUUGGGGUGAAGUUUGUGGGGUUGUUUGUGGUCCUGUUGGCUGGUGUGACCACAGUUUUGGAGCUGUGGCAUCUGUUAGGCAGACUAGAACUACCAAUGUCCAGCCUAGCUGCACAGUUUGCAGCUCGAGUGGCCUGUCUUAUUUUACUGCCUGUCAUUCUCUACAUGGCGUUCUUUGCGGUACAUUUUACCGUCCUCAGUAAAAGUGGAAAUGGCGAUGGAUUUUUCAGCUCAGCAUUUCAGUCUCAGUUGGAAGGAAACAAGUUGUACAAUAUAAGCAUGCCAGAAAAUGUGGCUUAUGGGUCCAAAGUUACCUUGAAGCACCAGAAGACAGGAGGAGGGUAUCUCCAUUCUCACUACCACCUUUACCCCGAAGAGUUACCCCCCAGACAACAACAGAUUACCACAUACACACACAAAGAUGACAACAACUACUGGAUCAUUAAGAAGUUUGACGUUGAGCCUACAGAAGAAGACAAACCUGAGUUCGUCACUAAUGGAGAUUAUGUACGACUGGAGCACUUUGCAACACGGCGCAACUUACACAGUCACAGAGAGCCAGCUCCUAUCACGAAGCGCCACUACCAAGUUUCUGCAUACGGUGUUAAUGGUACGGGCGAUGCUAAUGAUGUAUGGAUAGUUGACAUUGUGGGUGCUCCCAAGGGCGCCCCCCUCAAAACUGUCCGCUCCCGGAUACGCCUCAUUCACUAUCAUGUCCGAUGUGUUCUUCAGUCCAAUGAUAAAAAACUGCCAAAAUGGGGAUUUGAGCAGAUGGAAGUCACGUGCAGUCCUAGCAGCAAAGGGCAGAUAACUUACUGGAAUAUAGAAGAGGUGGUGGAUCCAAGAUUACCUAGUGUAAGUUUCCAGGUGUACAGGCCAAGUUUCCUGGAGAAGUUCAUAGAGAGUCACGCUGUCAUGUUUCAGGGAAACAGUGGGCUGAAGCCAAAAGAGGGGGAGGUUACUUCUGUACCCUGGCAGUGGCCUGUCAACUACAAAGGUCAGUUAUUCUCUGGGAGGGACCAUAUGGUUUACCUGCUGGGUAACCCUGUCAUCUUCUGGGGUAACCUUGUGGUACUGGGGCUAUUUCUGCUCCUGUACACUGUACAUGCCUUAAGACGUCAGAGAGGAUGCCACAUCCAGCCAAAUCUUCUGGUUUACAGGGAACAGCGUUUCAGUGCCUGCUGGUGGCUAUUCCUGGGCUGGAUCCUGCAUUACCUCCCUUUCUGGGCCAUGGGGAGGGUCUUGUACUUUCAUCAUUAUUUCCCAGCGUUCCUCUUUAACUGCAUGCUGACAGGGAUAAUGCUGGAGUACAUGAUAACAGAGGUCUGUAGAAAGGUCCCUGCCCACCUAGCCAUGCCCAUGUUCCACUGGCUCUUAGGGGUUACCCUUGGGGUUAUUCUCUACAGUUUUUAUCUAUUUUAUCCACUGACUUAUGGGAUGUCAGGUCCUCCAGCCACAAACAUCACCAGCCCUAUGUACAACCUCAGGUGGAUGGAUUCCUGGGAUUUCUAAAGGUUCUUAUCUGUACCAGGCUCUCAACUGUGCCAGGCCGUCAUCUGCAUCAGGUUCUCAUUUGUGCCUGGCCGUCAUCUACAUCAGG